GCUGCUGCGAGACCUCGCCCCUCCUCCGCUCCCGCCUCCCCGCCACCGCCUCCUCUAAUGAGCAUCUCUGCCUUGCUUUCAAUGGGCCGCUGCUGCUGUCGCUGCUGCUGUCCGCGCGGUUUGUGGAUGUUGUCGGCUCCGUGUUGUGAUGACAGGAGAAUGUGUGUGUGUCCCGGGCCCAGACGAAUUGGAAUCCCAGUCAGAACGUCCAGCCUACCAUUGUUCUCUGAUGCCAUGCCAGCACCGACUCAACUGUUUUUUCCUCUCUUCCGUAACUGUGAACUGAGCAGAAUCUAUGGCACUGCAUGUUACUGCCACCACAAACAUCUCUGCUGUUCACCACCGUACAUUCCUCAGAAUCGUCUGAGAUACACACCCCAUCCAGCAUAUGCUACCUUUUGUAGACCAAGGGAGAACUGGUGGCAGUAUACUCAAGGAAGGAGAUAUGCUUCUACACCUCAGAAAUUUUACCUCACACCUCCACAAGUCAACAGCAUCCUUAAAGCUAAUGAAUACAGCUUCAAAGUACCUGAAUUUGACGGCAAAAAUGUCAGUUCCAUUCUUGGAUUUGACAGCAAUCAGCUGCCUGCAAAUGCACCCAUUGAGGACCGGAGAAGUGCAGCAACCUGCUUGCAGACCAGAGGGAUGCUUUUAGGGGUUUUUGAUGGUCAUGCAGGUUGUGCUUGUUCCCAGGCAGUCAGUGAAAGACUCUUCUAUUACAUUGCUGUUUCCUUGUUACCCCAUGAGACUUUGCUAGAGAUUGAAAAUGCAGUGGAGAGUGGUCGGGCACUAUUGCCUAUCCUUCAGUGGCAUAAGCACCCCAAUGAUUACUUCAGUAAGGAGGCAUCCAAAUUGUAUUUCAACAGCUUGAGGACUUACUGGCAAGAACUUAUAGACCUCAAUACUGGAGAAUCAGCUGAUAUUGAUGUUAAGGAGGCUUUAAUUAAUGCUUUCAAGAGACUUGAUAAUGACAUUUCAUUGGAGGCUCAAGUUGGUGAUCCUAAUUCUUUUCUAAAUUAUCUGGUGCUUCGGGUGGCAUUUUCUGGGGCUACUGCUUGUGUGGCCCAUGUAGAUGGUGUUGACCUCCAUGUGGCUAAUACUGGCGAUAGUAGAGCCAUGCUGGGUGUGCAAGAAGAAGAUGGCUCUUGGUCAGCAGUCACACUUUCUAAUGACCACAAUGCUCAGAAUGAAAGAGAAUUAGAACGUCUGAAAUUGGAACACCCAAAGAAUGAGGCCAAGAGUGUGGUGAAGCAGGAUCGACUGCUUGGUUUGCUGAUGCCUUUUAGGGCUUUUGGAGAUGUAAAGUUCAAAUGGAGCAUUGACCUUCAAAAGAGAGUGAUAGAGUCUGGCCCAGACCAGUUGAAUGACAAUGAAUAUACCAAGUUUAUCCCUCCCAACUAUCAUACACCUCCUUAUCUCACUGCUGAGCCAGAGGUAACUUACCACCGAUUAAGGCCACAGGAUAAAUUCCUGGUGUUGGCAACCGAUGGGUUGUGGGAGACGAUGCAUAGACAGGAUGUGGUUAGGAUUGUGGGUGAGUACUUAACUGGUAUGCAUCACCAACAGCCAAUAGCUGUUGGUGGGUACAAGGUGACUCUGGGACAGAUGCAUGGCCUUUUAACAGAAAGGAGAGCAAAGAUGUCAUCCGUCUUUGAGGAUCAGAAUGCAGCAACCCAUCUCAUUCGCCAUGCUGUAGGCAACAAUGAGUUUGGAGCUGUUGAUCAUGAACGACUCUCUAAAAUGCUUAGUCUUCCUGAAGAACUUGCUCGGAUGUAUAGAGAUGACAUUACAAUCAUUGUAGUUCAGUUCAAUUCUCAUGUUGUAGGAGCAUAUCAAAACCAGGAAUAGUGAGUGAUGUUAUCCUGGCAGUUCUCCAGUUUGAAGGGCAGAUUAAUUUGAAAGAAACUAAUACAGUAAUAUACCAGUGGGUCAUCCUAAACACUUCCCAUCUGAUCCUCUAGCUAGUCCAGUAUUCCAGAUUGAGUGCAGCAGAUAGCAUCAUGAGUGUCUCUUGUGUCCUAUUGCCCCUCAUGGUACCUGCACUUGAGGCACCUUGGUUCCUUAUUGCAGGUGUCUUGUAACGGUGACUUACUAACCUAAGAAUAUGGAAAUUGGCAGAUAGGAUCUUGAAUAGGUCAAAAGCAAGGAUCUUUCUGAGAGUAAAAGGCAAAACAAACAAACAAAAACCAUCCCCAUUUGCAGACUCCUUUCAUCAUAAGGAUUCUAAUGUACAUGAGAACAUUUACUAUAUGAUUUUUAAAAACAGUCCAUGUAUUAUUCACAAACAUUUAUUUUAGCCUGAAGUAUUUUUCAGUAAGCCAUAAAUGACCAUGAACCAAGAAAUCUGAUUUGUAAGUUUUCGUGACUGUGUGAUAAAAUAUGCUUCCCAAAUGGAAAGAAAUCUAAACUGUCCUUCCUUCCUUACCCGUGAUUUCCUCAGUGUAACUGAAAUAAUUGUUUUGCUACUCCUAAAAGACAAUAAAGGUUCUUAGUUUUAUUUAUCCUUCUAGUGAAUGUUAAAUAAAGGAAAAAUGUUUUUUCAGUUUGUAUUGAGGGAAGCUUUAUUUAGUUUGAAAUAAAGAUACUCAGAAUGAAAAGAGACUGCUAUGUUUAAUUCUUGUCACCUAUAGCUACCAGCAUGUUACUGUUGUAUAAUCCCCAAAGUCUUGGCAAGCUGUGUGUGUGGUGGGUAAACAAACUGCUGUUGAGAAAUCAUACGUCUUUAUUUAUGAUAGGAGUUUUCAUGAAUUUUGGAAUUUUAGGGAUAACAUGUAAUAAGUUUAAAUGUCAACUCAAGUAAUAUUUUAAUACUGUAUUAUGACAGUUUGAGGAAAUUUUUGUCCCCACUUAGGUCAAUUAAAAUAAUUUGGAUUAAAAUUAUUAAAUGCUUUAAAUAUAUUGUAUCUUGUAAUAUAUGUGUUAAGAUAUAUAUAUAUGAGAAACUUUUAAAUAGUAAUCUGUGCAUGCUGAUACAGAACACUUAAUAGCAUCAUGUAUUUGCAGCAGUCUCCAUAAUUAUAUGCAGUCCUUUCUAAUACUGUAUCAGAGUACAUGAAAAUAAAUAUAUUCAAAUAGGCUAUUUAGGAGUUGAUUUGAUAUGCAUCAAAUGAUACUUUUGUUCCUGCACUGAUGGUGAUCUGUGUACAGCUGUGCAUAUAUUUUCAUCACUUAUUAACUAUUAAACAUAGCUAUGACUUAGUUAAAAUUCACAGUUUUUUUUAUAUGAAAUGUGAUUGUUGUAUAAUUAGUUGGGAAUAUAGGAGUCCUUUCAGAAUUCUGUAGGAUCUGAAGUUCAUGUUCAAGGACUCCAGAUUGUGAUUCCUAAAUCAGUAUAUAGCAGUAUUGGCUGCAAAAUUAGGUCCAAAUGAAAGUAGACUCAGGAAGAUUACAGCUCAGAACAUCUUAGGAUUUGUUUUCUGAAGUACUUUUUGGUUUUGUUUUUUAAAGUCAGCUUUUUAAAUAUCACUCUUUUAUUUUGGAUGGAGAAAGGCUAUUACAUAUUCUAAAUGUUUUUAGAGGCAUCAUCUUAGGAUGAAAAAUGUCCACUACAGUAUGAAACCCCACUUUUAGUACUGUUUGGACUUGCUUUUUAAUACCACCACUUGAGAGGUCUAUGUUACAUGUUGACAAAUGUCGCAAUAUAAUACAGCAAAUAUAAAUACUGCUUUCUGUGCUCAUGAAAAUAAAGUGGGCCUUAUUAUCCAAGAAGUUUUGUCUACAGUCUGGAAGCAAACCUACAUGUAUAGAAGAGAAAAUCCAAUGUGGAAAUGAAAAUAACUGGGUAUUCAAAAAUCUUUAGGUACUGUUAUUUAAAAGGAGUUGUGGUUUUUUGUAACUUGUCACCAUGACAUGAUUCUAGAAGUAAUGUCAGUUUGUGUAUUCAUGGAUUUUAGUCUUUCAAUUUUGUUUUAUUUAAAUUUUCUUACAUGUAUUCAAUUCCUGUAUUUAUAUUUAGUCGGUGCUCCAUGUUACAUGUAAUAUGCCCUGAACUAGUUAACAGGAAUGGUGGUAUGACACUUGGUUUGAAUGCUGUCUAUGGUUGGAGAAAUGCCCACAGUGAAUUAAAGCUUUAUAUCUGCUUUCUGA